AUGGAGGCCAAGCCCUCGGCCCCGCGGCCGCGCUGCCUCGAGCGCCACGUGCAGCCCUGCGUGGCCGAGCUGCUGGGCACUGCCCUCUUCGUCUUCAUCGGCUGCCUGGCCGUGCUGGAGGACGCGGGGGGCACGGGCCGGCUGCAGCCCGCCCUGGCACACGGGCUGGCCCUGGCCGUCACCGUGGCCGUGCUGGGGGACAUCAGCGGCGGCCACCUGAACCCCGCCGUGUCGCUGGCCGUGUGGCUGCUCGGGGGGCUCCACUCCACCAUGCUCAUCCCCUACUGGCUGUGCCAGCUCUGCGGAGGGGUGAUCGGAGCCAGCCUGGCGAAGGCUGUGGCACCCAGCGAGCGCUUUGGCAAUGCCAGCGGAGCAGCCUUCGUUGGCAUCACGGCUGGCGAGCAGGUCCCUGCUGUGCUGGGGGCUGAGAUCAUCCUGAGCUCCUUCCUGCUGCUGGUGGUCUGCAUGGGAGCCGUCAACGGCAGGACCAGCACCCCGCUGGCCCCGCUGUGCAUCGGCCUCGCCGUCACCGCCGACAUCCUGGCAGGGGGCGGCGUGUCCGGAGCCUGCAUGAACCCAGCCCGAGCCUUCGGGCCAGCCCUGGUGGCCAACUGCUGGGACUACCACUGGGUGUACUGGCUGGGGCCCAUGCUGGCCGCGCUCCUGGUCGGGGCCCUGCUGAGGCUCCUGCUGGGUGACCAGGCCACCCGCCUGCUCCUGAAGUGA